AAUUAACACGUUUAAAAAUAAAAAGUUUAACGUAGACCGGGAACGGACAGAGUUUACGGAGUUGUUGUGACAGGAACUGGAAGGAUGGAGGAGACGGCAUUAUCACGCUCAUCGGGGAGUCGAAAACGCCAACGCGAGCCUGAAUCCGGCGAUUCCGAUCAAUCUCUUUCACUCGAGGAUAAUUUGACAUUUAGCGAUACUAUGGUGGCUCUUCGCAUAAUGCGUGCUCAGUUCCCGCACAUUGAAAAGGUUUCAAUUCAGCCUUUUGUUUUGCAAUCACAGUUGUAUAGCAGUGUAAAAGACAGGACACAAGUAGAUAGGGAAUUGGAGUCAUUGAAGAGGGAGAAAGCUUUACGCAUUUUUAAGUUGAAUACUGGACAAGAUGAUCAUGCUAUUAUGCUCAUAGAUGACUAUUUAAGUCAGAUCGAACGUGUUAUUAAGAGAAUGGAAGAAAAGAAGCAAGAUGAUCUUCCAGUUUUUGAAUGGUUCAAGACACAUGUCAUUUCUUCAAAGUUGGAUCCUAGUAUUGGGCAUGAUGAACUUUGCUCUCUUCUCUCGCUGGGAGGCAAGGUGAAAGAGGAACAUGUCUCCCUCUUGAUUAAUGCUGGCCUUCUUACUCGCCAACUUAUUGAUCCAAACAUGUACUGGUUUGCAAUUCCAAAUGUUGGACCGGUGCUCAAGGGCCUUUCACAGGGAAGAAAGGAGCUUUUAUCUUUACUCAACCGAAGAAAGUUCAAAGAGAUGAUGAUGGCCACUCUGGAAAAGAAACGCCUUCGACUUUCUCCCCUAGAUAUGAGAUUUCAUCUCCGCGAUUUGAUCGGAUCUGGUCAUCUCCGAACUGUUGAGGCACCUAGUGGCCUAAUUGUCAAGGUAGCGAAAGAUUGAGACUCAGAUGCUGAGCUAUUUGAAAAGUUUCAAGUGAUGAUCAACGAACCAAUUUUCAUGUGUAAAUAAUUGCUCCAAGAAGGGCGGCUUAGAGGAUUUUUGCUUGAUUAAUUGGGUACAGACAACAUAAGAAUCAUUUGAUGAUGCAUCAAACAUCAACCAUUUAGCCUAGACACAUCAACCAAGAUUAUUGUAAUGAAGAGGAGACCCAUCAACUUUACCCAAAAAAACAAAAAAAAAUAUGGCCCUCAAAAUUGAUUGAGUUGAGUUCCCAUCCAUUGUGUAGAAUUUUGAGUUAUUGAAAGUUCAAAUCAUAUCUUUUUGGGCUAAAUUCAUUUUUAGCAUUGCUUUUCCUCUGUUUUUUCUCACUCAUUCAUUUUUGGAGGUUGCUUGUGUCCAAUAGCCUUAGAGGAUAUUACAUUGGGCUUUCACAUCCCUAGUGGAAUCUGCUCUAAGCUCCAAAUUUAUGGAUGACCCUUUACCUUCCUUUUGUUUUAUUGUGUCUUUUACCAUUGUUAUUUAGCACUCCAGCCAGCAGACUAAAAUAUUGCUGAUUUUUUGGCCUUCAAAA